CGGGCACCCUGCACCAUGGCAGAGCCUUCGCUGCCCCUCUCCUUCCUCUGCCUCCUCGCCUUGUCCUCCGCCUGCUACAUCCAGAACUGCCCCCGGGGCGGCAAGCGAGCUCUGGCAGACACAGCUCUGCGACAGUGCAUGCCCUGCGGCCCCGGCAACAGAGGCAACUGCUUCGGGCCCGGCAUCUGCUGCGGGGCGGAGCUGGGCUGCUACCUGGGCACGGCGGAGACCCGGCGCUGUGCAGAGGAAGAUUUCCUGCCCUCGCCCUGCCAGGCUGGCGAGCAGCCCUGCGGCUCCGGGGGCCGCUGCGCCGCGCCCGGCAUCUGCUGCACCGCCGAGACGUGCUCCAUGGACAGCGGCUGCUUGGACGAGGGCAGCGACGGCGCUCAGGAUGCGGCGGACGAGAAGAACCUGACGGUGAUGGAUGGCUCGGCCGGAGAUCUGCUCCUCAAGCUCAUGCACUUGGCAAACCGGCAGCAGCAGCAGCAGGGCAGGCACCCCCUGCUCUGAGCCAGGGCGUUGGGAGUCCCCCAAAACCCUGAGCGACCCCCCCACCUCGGCUCUGUACAUACGAGACCCAAUAAAAUCCUCGUGCAC